GCAUGUAAUAAACAGGAAUAGACAAGUCUUAACAUUAUAUAUGUGCGUCAUCGCAUCAACGCCGAUAAAUGCAGCAUAUGGGAUGUUACGUAUUGUAAUUCAUAAAAGUAGAUGUUACCGAAUACCUAUGAGUGAUAGAAAAAUUCUGUUUUUAGAUUUGAUUUAAGGGUAUCAAAAUACAUAAGAUACACCCAAAAAUUGUCAUGUCACAAAUCCUGUGUUUAUCAGUGAAAUUAGAAAAGCCGAGAAGCUCAAGGGUAGUUAGAAGCCGUUGUCGCUG